UUUCUCCCAAUGACGACAGUGCCUCUCCUUAUCAAGGGAGAAGAGCGCGUCAGCUCUUCGACCUUUCCUGUUGUCUCCCCGCUCACCCACAAGAGCCUCUAUUCCUGCUCUUCAGCGUCUUCAGAUGACACAGAACUCGCCAUCGCAGCCGCAACCACUGCAUUCCAAGAAUGGAGCAAGAGCAAGCCUAUCCAGCGACGCAACAUCCUUCUCAAGGCCGCUGACCUUAUCGAACAACAAGCGCCAGCGUUGAAGGAGUCGAUAAUGCAAGAGACGGGUUCAGACGAGACCUUCGCCAAUUUCAAUAUCUUCACCACCGCCGAGCACAUACGAGACACGGCUGGGAGGAUUAGCGGGAUUGCGGGCUCUAUUCCCAUCUGUCAAGUGGAUGGUACGAGUGCAUUGGUGUUGAAAGAGCCGUAUGGGGUUGUGCUAAGUAUCGCUCCUUGGAACGCGCCGUAUAUUCUUGGCGCACGCUCAAUCAUCUUCCCAAUUGCCACAGGCAACACUGUGGUCUUGAAGGGGUCAGAGCUCAGCCCUCGUUGUUUCCACCACCUCGGCCGGAUCUUCGCUGAGGCCGGUCUCCCAGCAGGUGUCCUCAAUGUCCUUUAUACCACUCGCGAAGAGUCUCCAGCCAUUACCACCCAACUGAUCGAGGCGCCAGCUAUUCGCAAAGUCAACUUUACCGGUAGUACUGCGGUCGGAAGCAUCAUUGCCGCUACUGCUGGUCGAGCUCUGAAGCCAUGCCUAAUGGAACUGGGUGGUAAAGCUGCCGCUAUCGUACUGGAUGACGCCGACCUUGAACGUGCCGCUAUGCAAUGCGUGGUUGGCGCUUUCCUUCAUGCGGGUCAAAUUUGCAUGAGUACCGAACGAAUCAUCGUCCACAAAGCUGUCAUCAAUGCGUUCCGACCGGCUCUACAGAAAGCCGUUAGCGGCUUCUCGCCCGAAAACGCCCUUUCCCCAGUUCUCGCACAGGGCGGUACGGUGGCCAAGAACCGAGCGUUGGUCGCAGAUGCAAUUUGUAAAGGGGCCAAACUCUUACAUGGAGAUUACACUACCGAGGAAAAUCAUCCGGAAACAGGAGAACCUUCAUCGACACGUCUUCGUCCCAUCAUUGUCGAGGGCGUGACGAAGGAGAUGGACCUCUAUGGAACGGAGAGUUUUGGACCUAGUGUCAGUCUUAUCGCUGUCGAAAGUGAAGAGGAAGCCAUCUCGGUCGCCAAUGACUGUGAUUACGGCCUCAAUUCAGCGAUAUUUACACGAGAUCUGGCCAGGGGCUUGCGUGUUGCGAAGAAAUUGGAGUGCGGAAACGUUCACAUCAACUCUAUGAGUGUCCAUGACGAAGCUGCACUUCCGCACGGUGGCGUGAAGAACAGCGGCUGGGGACGAUUCAAUGGAGAGUGGGGCUUUGACGAGUUCCUGCGCCUCAAGACGGUGACUUUCCAGGAAUGA